GUAUGUCUCCUACAAUCAUCCAUACUUUUCAAGGUGAUUAAGCAAUACUGUUAAAGUAUCCAAACAAACAUGGGUGCAAUAACGAACUUUGUGAUUUGUAUUACUGCUGCUAUGGGAGUGGUCCUAAUUACAGUCAUCAGGAGAGGGAGGAAGCGAGUAAAGAAGGUUUACCCACCAAAUACGAUUGUCCACCAUCAAAUCGGUAGAGGUCCCUACGCGCCCAGUAUCACGCCGUUUGCUCUGAAGCUGGAAACCUAUCUCAGGAUGGCAAAACUCCCUUACUUGAAUGUGCACGAUCGUGUUCGAAGUUCUAAAGGAAAAUUAACCUGGAUAGAAGUUAAUGGAGAGGAGAUAGCAGACUCUGAAUUCUGUAUACAGUACGUCAAUAGGAAAUUUAAUGUUAGCCUGGACGAAGGCUUCUCUGAGGAGAACCGUGCGGCAGCAUUAGCUAUUCAGAGAAUGGUGGAUGAACAUUUAUAUUGGACACUGGUACUACAACGAUGGGUUUAUGAUUCCAAAGACGGAAUUAACAUCAGUAAAAUGUUAAAUUUUCCAUGGGUCAUCACUCCAACAUUACGAAAUUUUGUCAACAAACAGAGCUACGCCCAGGGAGUGGGCCGACACACGGAGGAAGAAGUUCAUCACGUCAUGCACGAGGAUCUAACGGCUUUGUCAAAGUUUUUAGGAAAUAAGAAAUUCUUACUUGGCGAUAGGGUGUGUCAAACUGACGGUGCUGUGUUUGGAAUGUUAGCUCAAUUCUACUGGCACAGUUUUGGGGGAUAUGGAGAAAAAUCCAUUAAAAAAUAUCCUAAUCUAUGUGACUACUGUGAACGCAUGAAGGUGGAAUUCUGGCCGGACUGGGACGACUGCAUUACGCAUGGAUGGACAAGGAAAGCGACGAAAUGAAGUCACAGUGUUAAUUAGCAUUACUAGACAUUUUAUAACAUUGCUAGAUGUACAUUGAUAGGAUAUUAAAUUACUAAAACUACACAGCGCAUAACAUUACUUAUCUACACAACGUAUAACAUUACUUAUCUACACAGCGUAAAACAUUAUCAUAUCGGCGGGUGUGACCGGUCGACAGGGAAUGCUUACUCCUCCUAGGCACCUGAUCCCACCCCUGGUGUGUCCAGGGGUACGUGUUUGCCCAACUAUCUAAUUUGUAUUGCUUAUAGGAGUUAUGAGGUUGAUCACUGCUCCUUAUUUUUACCUUUCAUCUACACAUUGUAUUACAUUACACAGCAUAUAACGUUACUUAUCUACACAGUGUAUAACAUUAUUUUAUCUACACAGUGUAUAACAUUAUUAUAUCUACACAGUGUAUAACAUUAUUAUAUCUACACAGUGUACAACAUUAUUAUAUCUACACAGUGUAUACACAGUGUAUAACAUUAUUAUAUCUACACAGUGUAUAACAUUAUUAUAUCUACACAGUGUACAACAUUAUUAUAUCUACACAGUGUAUACACAGUGUAUAACAUUAUUAUAUCUACACAGUGUAUAACAUUAUUAUAUCUACACAGUGUACAACAUUAUUUUAUCUACACAGUGUAUAACAUUAUUAUAUCUACACAGUGUACAACAUUAUUAUAUCUACACAGUGUACAACAUUAUUAUAUCUACACAGUGUAUACACAGUGUAUAACAUUACUAAAACUACACAGUGUGUAACAAUAUAAUAUCUGCACAAUGUACAUCGUUACUAGAUUUACCUCGUGUAUAGCAUUGCUGGAUAUACAAAGUAUAUGGCGUAAUCAAACCUAACAUCACAUAACUUCUCAAAUCAAAAGCAUCAAAGUGUAUCACUGUUCAAUACUUUACAUUACCAUUCCUAACGAUAAAUUAAAGACUAGAAUUUUUGACAUCAUAGAAAGUUGCUUCUUGAAUAAAAAUGGAAAAGGGAAA